CGGGGCGGGGCUAUGGAGAGGAGGAGGAGGAAGAUGGCGGGAGGGCGGCUCUGAGAAGACCUCGGCGGCGGCGGAGGAGGAGAGAAGCGCAGCGCCGCGCCGGGGCCCAUGUGGGGAGGAGUCGGAGUCGCCGUUGCCGCCGCCGCCGCCGCCGCCUGCAGCCGCUGGACCCGAGCGGGAGUGAGGGGGCCACGGCAGGAUGAAGUUCGCCGAGCACCUCUCCGCGCACAUCACUCCCGAGUGGAGGAAGCAGUACAUCCAGUAUGAGGCUUUCAAGGAAAUGCUGUACUCGGCUCAGGACCAGGCACCUUCUGUGGAAGUUACAGAUGAGGACACAGUAAAGAGGUAUUUUGCCAAGUUUGAAGAAAAGUUUUUCCAAACCUGUGAAAAGGAACUUGCCAAAAUCAACACCUUUUACUCAGAGAAGCUCGCGGAGGCUCAGCGCAGGUUUGCCACCCUUCAGAAUGAGCUGCAGUCCUCACUGGAUGCGCAGAAGGAAAGUGCUGGUGUUACUACCCUGCGACAGCGUAGGAAGCCAGUCUUCCACCUGUCCCACGAGGAACGUGUCCAACAUAGGAAUAUCAAAGACCUUAAACUGGCCUUCAGCGAGUUCUACCUCAGUCUCAUCCUGCUGCAGAACUAUCAGAAUCUGAAUUUCACAGGAUUUCGGAAAAUCCUUAAAAAGCAUGACAAGAUCCUGGAAACGUCUCGAGGAGCAGAUUGGCGGGUGGCUCAUGUAGAAGUGGCCCCGUUUUAUACAUGCAAGAAAAUUAACCAGCUCAUCUCUGAAACGGAGGCUGUAGUGACCAAUGAACUUGAAGAUGGAGACAGACAAAAAGCUAUGAAGCGUUUACGCGUCCCCCCUUUGGGAGCUGCUCAGCCUGCACCAGCAUGGACUACUUUUAGAGUCGGUCUCUUUUGUGGAAUAUUCAUUGUACUGAAUAUAACGCUUGUGCUUGCCGCUAUAUUUAAACUUGAAACAGAUAGAAUGAUAUGGCCCUUGAUAAGAAUAUAUCGGGGUGGCUUUCUUCUGAUUGAAUUCCUUUUCCUACUGGGCAUCAACACAUACGGUUGGAGACAGGCUGGAGUCAAUCAUGUGCUCAUCUUUGAACUUAACCCCAGGAGCAAUCUGUCUCAUCAGCAUCUCUUCGAGAUUGCUGGGUUCCUGGGCAUACUGUGGUGCCUGAGCCUGCUGGCGUGUUUCUUUGCUCCAAUAAGUGUCAUCCCCACUUACGUGUAUCCACUCGUCCUUUAUGGGUUUAUGUUUUUCUUUCUAAUCAACCCCACCAAAACUUUUUAUUAUAAAUCUCGCUUUUGGCUGCUGAAAUUGCUGUUUCGUGUAUUCACUGCCCCCUUCCAUAAAGUAGGCUUUGCUGACUUCUGGCUGGCUGAUCAGCUGAACAGCCUGUCAGUAAUACUAAUGGACCUGGAGUAUAUGAUCUGCUUCUAUAGUUUUGAACUCAAGUGGGACAAGAGCACAGGACUGUUGCCAAAUAUUACAAAAGAAACAGAAGUUUGCCACAAAUACACCUACGGGGUGCGAGCCAUUGUCCAGUGUGUUCCUGCGUGGCUUCGCUUCAUCCAGUGCCUGCGCAGAUACCGGGACACGAAAAGGGCCUUUCCGCAUUUAGUCAACGCUGGCAAAUACUCCACCACUUUCUUCACCGUGACCUUCGCAGCCCUCUACAGCACUCACAGAGAGCGAGGGCACGCCGACACCAAGGUCUUCUUUUACCUGUGGAUCGUCUUCUGUGUCAUCAGCUCCUGCUACACCCUCAUCUGGGACCUGAAGAUGGACUGGGGUCUCUUCGACAAGAAUGCGGGAGAGAAUACUUUUCUCCGGGAAGAGAUUGUAUACCCCCAAAAAGCCUACUACUACUGUGCCAUCAUAGAGGACGUGCUACUGCGCUUCGCUUGGACCAUCCAGAUCUCUGUGACCUCCACGGUGGCACUGCCUCACUCUGGAGACAUCAUCGCCACUGUCCUGGCCCCCCUGGAGGUCUUCCGGCGUUUUGUAUGGAACUUCUUCCGCCUGGAGAACGAACACCUGAAUAACUGUGGUGAGUUCCGAGCCGUGCGGGACAUCUCCGUGGCCCCUCUGAACGCAGACGACCAGACGCUGCUAGAGCAGAUGAUGGACCAGGAAGACGGGGUCCGCAACCGCCAGAAGAACCGGUCAUGGAAGUACAACCAGAGCCUGUCUCUGCGCCGGCCACGCCUCGCCUCUCAGUCCAAGGCUCGUGACGCUAAGGUUUUGAUAGAAGACACAGAUGAUGAAGCUAACACUUGAAUCCUCUGCAGCUGAGCUGAGCAUCCUCGGGUUUCCUGCCCGCAGUCCUUUCCUCGACAACACGCCCUCCAGGACCUUUCCAGCUGAGAACAGGAGCAGAUGCCUGCAACGCCGUCCAGCUCUUCCACGUCGGAUCCUAUGGACUCCAAGCAAGCUCACUGUGUUCCUUUUCUUUUCUUCUGGUUGAAUCUUACUUUUCUAUUUUUAAAACAAACACUUCAUUUUGCCAAUCAAAGGACAUUUUAAGGAACAAAAACGCAGUCUCUUACGGAUUGUUUACAAUCACAAGGACACCGAUACCUAUGGAGAUGGAAGAGCAGGCACCGCCCGGAGCCUCUGACGGUGCCGAGAGGGCGCGACUUCCGCGUGGUCCGCUUCUGACUGGUUGAGACAGACAUUGGUUUUUAAAAUCUUUGUCAGUUCAUGUGGAGAAUUGUUUUAGCUCCCUCCUCCCCGGCGCAGAGGCACUGGCUGCACUUGCAGGCAAAGUGCACCUUGGAGCAGUACCUUCAUUCAUGAAGCUACUUUUUAAUUUGAUGUAACUUUUCUUAUUUUGGGGAGGGUUGCUGGGUGGGUGGGAAAUGUGAUGUAUUUGUUACA